AUGAACAAGUUAAAUGAGUGUAAACUCAAGCCCGAGCAAAAAGUUAAGAUUCUGAAAGAAGUGGUUUUCUCUCGGGUAAACUACGUUUUGCGGAUGUCAGAGUGUGGCAUCAGCGAACUUCGGAGUUGGACACGAUUUGUAAGGAAUUGGGCGAAAAACAUCAUUCACUUACCCACAUGGUGCAGUAGUGACUGGAUACACUCGAUCAAAGGGUUAGGCAUUCCCGACGUUUCGAAGGGGAUUGUCAUACAACGUAUGAGGGCUUCGGAGAAAAUGUCUACGUCUGAAGACGGUAUAGUCCGCGUGGUUGGUGCACGACUUGUUCAGAAGAACAGAGUCUUGUGGGAAAAAGCCGGUUUCGAAGGUAUCGAACUGAAGGCAGCCAGGAGGCACUGCGAAGUGGAGAGACUCAACAACAUUGGUAACAUUACCAACGGCGUUGCACUCAAAACUAUCGCAGAAGUCUCCUCGGUAAAUCGGUACUGGAUGAUUGAUGACAACUUGAAAUCCGGGAACAAGAUUCUCGUUUGGAAAGCAAUGGCGGGUGCCAUUCCAACAAAGAUUAACCUUUCGCGGUGCGUAGCAGACCAGACCCUCAAAAAAUGUCGUCGAUGCAGUUUAACAGCGGAAACGGAUGGACACAUCUUAGCUGGAUGCCAUACUAGCAGCGACGCGUACUCAAAACGACACAAGAUGCUCUGUGAUAAACUCGCCAAAGAGCUCAAACUCAAUGGUGGACCAAGCAGACGUGUGUGGCGCGAGAGGACGUGCACUAGUACAGGCAGUGUUCAGGACGUGUCACUAGUACAGGCAGGCGAUAUAGACCUGACAUUAUCGUUAAAGAUGACAGUAAAAUCACAGUCAUCGAUAUGA